AUGCAUGAAAAGGAUUCAAGCAAGCAGCUUGACUCCAAAUUCGAUGACAAUGCGAGCCAGCCUCAGACAGAGCGAUAUGGUGUCAGCAUCACCCAGCCUGCCAUUUCCUUUGGACCCGAUGAGCGCGACCCUAUACAGCGGGGUCGAAUCUCAUCCAAGAACCGCAAAUCAAUCUCUCGCUCGCGAUCUCGCAGCCAUGCUCGUUCGGCGUCUAACCUCCCCAUUGAAUUUCGUCGCAUGAGUUUCCAGAUCUCGGAAUCUGAGACUCGGGAGAAACGAGAAAGCGAUCUGAAAGGUCCCAGGAAAGGGAAGCAGGAGAUCCCGGACGAUUCGCAUUACUUUGAGGGCCUGGAUUUCCAUCGACAGACUGUUGAUGCGCUCUGUGGUCACUUCGAGAGCACUCUGCAAGGUCUCUCUCCCGCUGAGUCGGCGGCGCGAUUGUCUCGUAAUGGAAAGAAUGCAUUGCCUCACGUCCGACCAAACUACCUCAAGAGGAUUCUGAAAUAUGUCUUCGGGGGGUUUUGCUCGGUUCUCUGGAUCGGUGUGAUCAUCUUCUUCAUCUGCUGGCGUCCACUCGGUGACCCGGACCCGCAAGCAUAUAAUCUUGGGCUCGGAAUUCUUGUGUUGAUUGUGAUUUUCCUGCAAGCUUCGUUCUCAGCAUUCCAAGACUGGUCAACCGCUCGAACCAUGAAGGCAAUCCUGGAUUUAGUCCCAGCCGAGGCCACCGUGAUCCGAUCGGGAGAGCCUGUCCGGAUUCCUUCGACCGAUGUCGUCAUCGGAGAUAUUGUCAAGCUCAGCGUGGGCAACAAAGUUCCCGCGGAUCUUUGCCUGGUUGAUACUUCUGGGGACACUCGUUUUGACAGGUCGACGCUCACGGGAGAAUCCGAGGAAGUUGACGGAGCCACUAGUAUGACAGACAGCAAUUUCCUCGAGAGCCGUAAUAUCGCCUUGAUGGGGACAAUGAUCACCAACGGAAGUGCCACAGGCAUAGUGGUCCUGACAGGCAAAAAUACCGUCAUGGGACAUAUCACUGUUUCCUCAACUUCCGUGAAGGAGCAGCCGACCCUGAUCCAGCAAGAAAUUACUCGUUUUGUCAAGAUCAUCGUCUGUCUGACUGUCUUCCUCGCGUCUCUUCUUCUCUUCACCUGGGCUGGGUGGCUACGGGUUGACCAUCACGAGUAUAUGGAUGUCGUAGCUAUGCUGAACAAUGUCAUGGGCUGCGUUGUCGCGUUUAUUCCGGAGGGAAUGCCCGUUGGAGUUGCCCUCACGCUCAUGAUGAUUGCAACCCGCAUGAAAAAUAACAACAUUCUGCCGAAGGGCCUUUCCACUGUGGAAACACUAGGAUGUGUGAAUGUCAUCUGCUCGGAUAAGACCGGUACAUUGACGGAAAACCGGAUGAGUGUGUGUACCACGGCCUUUACGGAUAAGACCUUUCUGGCCAAGGAAGCUUUCGCUACAAUCAAAGAGAAGAACGUUGAGCCUUUGGUCAAUCUCCACAGAGCCGCUAUUCUUUGCAAUGACGCCAUCUUCGAUCCUAGUACCAUCCAGGAUCCUGUCACCACGCGUAAUAUCCAGGGCAAUCCCACUGAUGGCGCUGUCUUGCGAUUCGCAGAAGAAGCCCAGCCGGGGUGCGUCAAGAGCCUGAACGAGAGUUACCAACGAGUAUUCAGCAUUCCUUUCAACUCCAAAAAUAAAUGGAUGCUCACGCUACAUAAGACUCCUGGUGUCGAUAGCAAACCUGAAAGCUAUUUACUUCUGAUGAAAGGCGCAUCGGAUAUCCUCUUGCCAUACUGCAGCUCUUAUUGGUCCUACGCUGAAAAUGGUGUCCGAGCUCUGGAUGCCGAAGCCAGGAAGAAGCUUUUCGAGAUCCAGGAAGGCAUGUCACGAAAGGCUCAACGAGUUAUUCUCUUGUGUGAAAGAUCUUACACCCCUGCCCAAUCCCUCGGGACCAACGCCUUCAGCGACGAGGUUCAUAGCCAGGGAAUCGCCAAUCUCACCCUGAUUGGCAUGUUUGGAAUCAUCGAUCCUCCUCGGAAAGAAGCUGCGGCCACAGUUGCAUCUUGUAGACGUGCCGGAGCAAGAUUCUUCAUGGUGACUGGCGACCUCGGCCUGACUGGUGUUGCUAUUGCCCGGGACAUCGGUAUCUUCAGCGGAACCGCCGCACCUGAUACAUUCGAGACUGUUGUGCAGCGACGGGGGUGGAACUCGAGUAGGUCUUCAACCGAGACAGACUUUGCUUCGUCGCAGACAAGCCUUCUCCUCGAGGGCCCCUCAAUCUCGCAAUUGACCGAUGAGGACUGGGACGUUGUCUGUGACUACCAAGAGAUUGUUUUUGGUCGAACUAUGCCUGACCAGAAGCUUCGAAUCGUCAAUGAGCUUCGAGCGCGUGAUUAUGUCGUUGCAGUUACUGGUGACGGUGUGAACGACGCACCCGCUCUUCGGGCUGCGGACGUUGGUGUUGCAGUGGUCACUGGCAGUGACGUGGCCCUGGAAGCAGCAGAUCUGAUCUUGAUGGACAAGUUCGACUCGAUCAUCGAAGCGAUUCGUCUCGGGCGACUGGUGUUCCAGAAUCUUCAAAAGGUCAUCAGUUAUCUACUCCCUGCGGGCUCCUGGUCAGAAAUUUGGCCUGUCCUUCUCAACGUUUUCUUUGGUGUUCCUCUCCCGUUAUCGUCCUUCUUGAUGAUUAUCAUUUGUGUUUUCACAGAUCUGUUCUGCUCCCUCUCUCUCAUUAUGGAGCAAGAAGAGUUUGAAUUGCUUGAUCUGCCCCCUCGAAAUCACAAGAAAGACCACUUGAUCAACCUGAAGGUCUACAUUCAAAGCUAUCUUUUCAUGGGAGUCAUGCAAACAGUCUGUGCACACUCCAUGUACUUUCUUUACUAUUGGAAACACGCCGGUAUCCCGGCCAGCGCGAUGUUUUUCGCAUUCGAAAAGUACUCUGACGGCUUUAACGGUUACACCCAGGAUGAGCUCACACAUUUCAAUACCGUUGGCCAAAGUGUUUACUUCAUUUGUCUACUUAUCCUACAAUGGGGAAAUAUCUUGAGUGUGAGAAACAAGCGACUCUCGAUCCUGCAGGCAGAUCCGAUACGGAAGAAGCGCCGCAACCCCUGGCUUAUUGCCAGUAUGGUAGUCAGUCUCUCGAUUGCCAUCUUUGUGACUGAAGAGCCGGGCAUUCAGGAGAUCUUUGGAACUGGAUCGGUGCCAUUGGAGUUCUUGUUCUUGCCAAUUCCUCUUGCAGUAGGAGUACUUUGCAUGGAUGAAAUUCGCAAACUUGCGGUGCGGCUUUGGCCGAAAGGACCCAUUGCACAAAUCGCUUGGUAG